CCUAACCUUAUAAAUACCCUCUCGUGCUUAUGGUUUCUGAUUCACAAUUCACAUCAGUUGAGAGAGAAAAAGAGAACGAGAAAAAAACAGUAGACAUGGCCACUGAUACGACCGAAGUAGUGGGUACUGAUGAGAACCAGAAACCGGGAUUCAACUUCAGCGUAAUGGACAGAGCCAAAAUCCAAUGUUACCAUCUAAAAGCCGUCGUCAUAACCGGAAUGGGAUUUUUCACCGAUGCAUAUGACCUCUUCUGCAUCUCACUAGUCACAAAGCUCUUGGGCCGCAUCUACUACCACGUCGAGGGCUCUACCAGGCCUGGAAGUCUCCCUCCAAACGUGUCUGCCGCCGUAAACGGCGUCGCCUUAUGUGGAACCCUCGCCGGACAGCUCUUCUUCGGUUGGCUCGGCGACAAGCUAGGCCGCAAGCGCGUCUACGGUGUCACCCUUAUCCUCAUGGUGGUCAGCUCAAUCGGCUCGGCUCUUUCCUUCGGGAGUUCACCAACCGCCGUCGUGGUCACCCUCUGCUUCUUUCGCUUCUGGCUAGGGUUCGGAAUCGGUGGCGAUUAUCCUCUCUCCGCCACCAUCAUGGCCGAGUACUCGUCCACAACCACGCGAGGCGCUUUCAUCGCUGCUGUCUUCGCCAUGCAAGGAUUCGGGAUCCUCUCCGGUGGAGCCGUUGCCAUCCUCAUCUCGCAUAUUGUUCGGAGCGUGUUCCCGGCACCGGCUUAUUCGGUUGACCCGUUGGCUUCAACUCCGGCAGAAGCCGAUUACGUGUGGAGAAUCAUCUUAAUGCUUGGAGCAUUGCCGGCGGUUUUAACUUAUUACUGGCGCAUGACGCUUCCGGAGACGCCGCGGUACACGGCAUUGGUUGCCAAGGACCAAAAGAAGGCAUGCCAAGACAUGUCAAAAGUUCUCCAAGUCGAUAUACAGAACGACAGUACCAUUUCCGUCGAAGAAAGUAACGAGAAGUCGUUUGGGCUAUUCUCAAGCCAGUUCCUCAAACGACACGGCUUUCAUUUGCUCGGAACCGCCGCGACUUGGUUCUUUGUCGACGUGGCUUACUAUAGCCAAAACCUGUUCCAGAAGGACAUAUUCAGCGCCGUGGGGUGGUUGCCGGCGGCGAAUACCAUGAGCGCUCUCGACGAGCUUUUCAAGAUUGGAAGGGCCCAAUUCUUGAUAGCCUUAUGUGGUACUGUCCCGGGUUACUGGUUUACCGUGGCCUUGAUCGAUCGGAUCGGGCGGUUCAAGAUUCAGACGGCGGGUUUCUUCUUCAUGACAGUGUUCAUGUUCGCUUUGGCUUUACCGUAUCACCACUGGACGGCCGCAGGGAACCACACCGGAUUCGUGGUGAUGUACGGACUCACAUUCUUCUUUGCCAACUUCGGGCCCAACGCAACGACAUUCAUUGUGCCGGCGGAGAUUUUUCCAGCGAGAUUCCGUUCGACGUGUCACGGGAUAUCGGCUGCGGCCGGUAAGGCGGGGGCCAUAGUUGGGGCUUUCGGUUUCCUCUACGCAUCGCAGAGCCAGGACAAGACGAAGACAGAUGCCGGAUACCCAGCCGGAAUUGGAAUGAAGAAUUCUCUUAUGGUGCUGGGAGUGAUCAAUCUGUUUGGGUUGCUCUUUACUUUUCUUGUCCCAGAAUCUAAGGGAAAAUCAUUAGAGGAGAUGUCACGAGAGAAUGAAGUUGAUGACCCUUCUACUACGGUUUAGCUUCUUGUUUUGAGUUUGUAUUUAUUU